AACAGCUUCAGAUGAAUUGAAUAUUGGAGAUCCCACACUACAAGGUAGAGUCCUGGGCUGAAGCGCAGUAUAAUGUUGGUUAAUAUAUCAUUGACUACACGUUAAUAGAUAUUAAAUUUUAUUCAAGUAUUUAACUAUGUAGUAUAUGUGUUCAUAAUUGAAUAAAUGGUGCAUUGAACAAUUUUUCUUGUUUUCUAAGGUUAACACAAUACUCCAGUGUUUUAAGUUAACUCUAGUGUCAGUCUAAAGGGACCUUACAUGGAACGUAAAACUAGUGAUUAAGGAUAUAUUUACUCCAAGUAUAAGUUUUGAAUUUCGGUGGUAUAGCGAAAUACUAAAAUACAGCCUCUCUCUCUUGAAAACAUACAUUUGUUUUUAUUGUGCACAUAGUAUGAGUAACUUUCAAUAACAUGUGUGGCAAAGAGAUUAAAAAUUAAAGCAAUGGGAAACAUAAGUGCUAAAACUAGAGCGCGGAUACUCAAUGGACAAAACAAUAAUACUAAAACCUUAAGCCCUAGUGGUCAUGAGCCAGUUCUGACUGAAAAAGAAGGACAGAUGCUCAAAGACGUAUGGCGUGGACUCCAAAAGGACAUCCAGAGGAUCGGGGUCAUCACAUUUGUUAGUUUAUUUGAGACCCACCCUUACGUCCAUGAUGCCUUCAUGUCCUUCCGUGCUGUCAACACGUCCGAACUCGAGUACAACGCAAUCCUUAGAAAACAUGCACUGCGCGUCAUGGGAAUCGUUGACAAGUGCAUUACGAGACUGGAUAACCGCGAAAAACUGCGAGAACUCAUGACUGAGUUGGGUAUACGCCACAAAAGCUACUCAGUCAAGAUCGAAUUUAUUGAUUUGAUGGGUCCACAAUUUAUCAGCUCAAUAAGGCCUCACCUGCAGCACAUUUGGACAGACGAGCACGAACAGGCUUGGGAAAACCUGUUUCGCCUCAUGUGUUACCACAUGAAGAAAGGGAUGUGCAGCAAAUAGAACUGAUUAGAUAAAUUGUGUAUGUUUUGUUAACUUUUAAUUCGUUUUAAUUUUUAAAAAACGUGUUAUAUUUUGAAAUGGUAUAGACACAACUUAUCAAAUGUCGUUCCGUUUAUGUUUAUUUAUAGGACAUGGCUAUUUGUGUAAAAACGUAGUGUGUUCAAACGGCACAUCUGUCAACAAUGUGUGUGCGUUGGCAUUAAACGUUUUAACAAAACAACUUCUAUCUUUACUAUCUGACUUAAACGACAUAAAUGUUUUCGAAAACAAUUAUAACGUUUAACAAAAAUAAGCAAAUCAAAUGAACGUCUUGUUAUAAAUGGUAUAAUUAGCUUUUUCAGAUACUUUUUUGUAACUCAAUUACACAAGCAAGACGGAAAAUCCGUCAUCUACAAAUAAACACCACAGUGCCUGCUCACAGAUGUGCUUACGAUAUUUAGGUUAUUAUUUGUAUGAUACAACAGCGCCUUUGACAUGUGGUUGAACAUGUAUGAUGUAUACAAGCGAGUAUGAUGACCUUCCGAUAUUUGAAUAUGUGCAUACAUCUUUGUUAUAAGUUUAACGUGUAAAUUUGCAUGUAAAUGUCUUACGGAUAUGUACAGGUUUUCCCUUUUAUAUUUAGUGUUAAUAUUGUAAUAUUUCGUUGUAAUUAAAAUUAUAAAUACGUACUUACAGUAAAGACAUAUUUAACAUCUUAACCAACUGUGAUUGACUAUCGCAUAGCGAUACAAUCUACAUUACUUUCUAGCCAUCAAGACCGUCAGUUCGAAAAACUUAAUUAUGGUUUUCUAUUAAAAGUUGUUUCCAUCAAACGCUUCGACCGUCAUAAUGAACAAAAUGACAAGAAUGAAAUAUAAAUGAAGAUGUAUUCAUCCGAAUACAAUUCUACGUAAUGGAUAGUAUUGAUUUAUGUAUAUUAUGAUCAUUUGAACAAACUAUAUGCAUUAAUAAUUGUUAACAGCCACUUCUAGUCCGAGUAUAGAAAUAUUUGAAUGAGCUUUGAUAUCUAUUAGAUCAGAAAUAUUUGUUGUCUAUCAUCAAUGGGUAUGUUAAUAGUGUAUAACAUGAAAGUGUGCACACUUUACUGAAUGUGCUGGUAAUAAAAUUGUACAGUAUAACAA